CGGCUGUGUAGUGUACUCACAAACCUGCAAGCUGAGUGAUAUUCUUUCGUGGUCAUGUGCCCGUAUCUUUAUCCGCGUUUUAAAGUACUCUAAAAUAAUACGAUUGAAUGAACUCUCAUCGUAGAUGUACAGUAAUUCGGAUCCCCAUCUUAUGUGGGUAACAGAGCUACGGCUUUCUGUCGUCUUGAUUGGUCAGCUAGUCAUCAUCAUGUACGUGUUUUACGCCGCGACGCUAGUAUCAGCAGGCCACGUCAGGUUUCUCAUCACUUUGCCAGGCCUGUGUGGACUAGUGGCGCUCACACCACUGUUCAUCAGGAGAGAUGAGGUUGUAUACUUCCUAGCAUACUCCUUAUCAGUGGGUUUCAUCAGUAGUCUGCGUGUUUUGGGCUUCGCAUAUGGCCACGGCCCAUUGGCGCCGCUCGGUGUGCCCAACAAUGGUCUGGCUUUCUACGCCACCGCCGCUCUGCCUAUCAAUAUCGUGAGCACUUCAGCCAAAGUACCUGAAGAGACUGUAGAAGAUGUAAGCCCGGUAAAGGUUAAAGACAAUACCACCACAGCUCGAGCUCCUCUGAAAGGGACAACGGAGAGUGAGGACGCCAUACCUGAAGUCGAUGUCGAUGCCAUACGUAAGGCCCCAUCAAGAUUACCCAGCACAACGUCGCAAUUGGCGCACUGUGGAAUAAAGGCAGCCGUCGCCUACAGCAUGACGCAGUUUGCGCCUGAUGAUAUCAUUCCUGUUUUAUUUAGACAGGAAGUCCUGCCGCCGUACAAGCUUCUGAUCGUUUGUUUGUGGUUCUCCGCUGUAAGCGACGCAUUGGGACUGGUAGCUUCUCGAUUGUUCAACAUCACGGUCGGACCGAGCUUCGAUAGGCCCUACAUAAUAACCUCGUUACGCGAUUUCUGGGGAAGACGCUGGUGUUUACCCGUAGCGCAAACAUUACGAACUACAGUCUACGAACCUAUUGUCCAAGUGCUACAAGCCCUUAUGGGCUUGUCAAUAGCCAAGCAUAUCGCCAGGUGCAUUGUGUUUUGCGUCACCGGCGUGGUUGGAGAGAUGCUCUACCGACUCGUAUGGGAACGAGAGUAUGCCUACCUGUUGUUCUUUAUGUUGCAGGGCCUGCUUGUGGCUGUCGAAGAAAUAUCUCGCAAUUUUGGUCGCGAUGAGGCAAACUCCUGGGCUACGGGGUCAAUGGCCUUCUUAAAACUAUACUAUACGGCACGAUACACAGUCUUCGCUUAAUUCUCAACUAGUAAGGCGACGGCUUCUCAUGAAUUGGUAGUUGCUUUGUUUGUCGGUUUGUAACAGAUCAAGCAAAGAAAUAAAAUAGAUGACAUUCCACCUCUCCUACUUGCCUACAAGAGUAAGCAAUAAACGACUAGACAGCUGAAGUCUGA